AUGAAGUAAAUGCAGACCCUUUAAUAGGAACUAGUGAUGAAGAUUAAUUAUUAAUACCAAAAUUCUAUAUUCAAAUUAUUAAAAUUAAAUAAGCUGAUGGAUCUUUUUAAAAAGAAGGAAUUUUUAGCAUUAAUUUCUUUUACAUUUAUUAUUUGGAGUUUAGUAAUUUUAAAGAACUUGGUUAGGAUUACCUUUUGCUAUAAAUGA